UUAAGGCCCAGGGCCUGCGAACCGCUCCCCGACGCUCUGGGCGGGGCCCGAAGCAUCUUCCCUCCUCCAGCGUCCAGGUCCCGGCUCUGAGCGCGGAGGGAGGGGCGCGAGGGCGCGCACGCAGGAUGCCGGGGACGAGCCGGCCGCCCGGGGACGCGCACGGGCUGGUCUCUGCCCUAAUGCGGCGGCUGGCGGCGAGAGGCGUUGCAGGGGACGCGGGGGAAGUGGCGGCGCCGGCGGCGGACAGCACCGACUGCGCCCAGGGACAGACCCCGAGCCCUCCGAGGUUGAUUGACUUAUGUGCAGUUUGGGACCCUGGAGUGUUCCUUCCUGCUGCAGGCUGGAAGAGAGCCUCUGGUUUUGCAAGAAGGAGGCUGAAUGAGGCAGAGACGCUGAACUCAGUCCAGGAGGCCCAGUUAGAGCAGCUGGAGACAGCAAGACCCCGCAGGCCGGGGAGCAGGGAGCGGGGCCCAGAGCUGAGGAUGGCCAGGCAGCAGCCACCGCCCUGGGUCCACACAGCCUUCCUGCUCUGCCUCCUCAGCCUCAGCGGGGCCAUCGAGAUUCCUAUGGACCCAAGCAUUCAGAAUGAGCUGUCCCAGCCCCCGACCAUCACCAAGCAGUCAGUGAAGGACCACAUCGUGGAUCCUCGUGAUAAUAUCCUGAUUGAGUGUGAAGCAAAGGGGAACCCUGCCCCCAGCUUCCACUGGACUCGAAACAGCAGGUUCUUCAACAUCGCCAAGGACCCCCGGGUGUCGAUGAGGAGGAGGUCUGGGACCCUGGUGAUCGACUUCCGCAGCGGGGGGCGGCCCGAGGAGUAUGAGGGGGAAUACCAGUGCUUCGCUCGAAACAAAUUUGGCACGGCCCUGUCCAAUAGGAUCCGCCUGCAGGUGUCCAAAUCUCCCCUGUGGCCCAAGGAAAACCUAGACCCUGUCGUGGUUCAAGAAGGUGCUCCCUUGACCCUCCAGUGCAACCCCCCACCUGGACUCCCGUCCCCAGUCAUCUUCUGGAUGAGCAGCUCCAUGGAGCCCAUCACCCAGGACAAGCGUGUCUCCCAGGGCCAUAACGGGGACCUGUAUUUCUCUAAUGUGAUGCUGCAGGACAUGCAGACAGACUACAGCUGCAAUGCGCGCUUUCACUUUACCCACACCAUCCAGCAGAAGAACGCGUUCACCCUCAAGGUUCUCACCAACAAUCCCUAUAAUGACUCGUCCUUAAGAAACCACCCUGACAUGUACAGUGCCCGAGGAGUCGCAGAAAGAACACCCAGCUUCAUGUAUCCCCAGGGCACGGCGAGCAGUCAGAUGGUGCUGCGUGGCAUGGACCUGGUGCUAGAGUGCAUCGCCUCCGGGGUCCCAACACCAGACAUCGCAUGGUACAAGAAGGGUGGGGACCUCCCAUCUGACAAGGCCAAGUUUGAGAACUUUAACAAGGCUCUGCGUAUCACCAAUGUCUCUGAGGAAGACUCUGGGGAGUAUUUCUGCCUGGCCUCCAACAAGAUGGGCAGCAUCCGGCACACGAUCUCGGUGAGAGUAAAGGCUGCUCCCUACUGGCUGGAUGAACCCAAGAACCUUAUCCUAGCUCCUGGUGAGGACGGGAGGCUUGUGUGUCGAGCCAAUGGGAACCCCAAGCCCACCGUCCAGUGGAUGGUGAAUGGGGAACCUUUGCAGUCGGCACCACCCAACCCAAACCGUGAGGUGGCCGGGGACACCAUCAUCUUCCGGGACACCCAGAUCAGCAGCAGGGCUGUGUACCAGUGCAACACGUCCAACGAGCACGGCUACCUGCUGGCCAACGCCUUUGUCAGUGUACUGGACGUGCCGCCUAGGAUGCUGUCACCCCGGAACCAGCUCAUUAGGGUGAUCCUAUAUAACCGGACGCGGCUGGACUGCCCGUUCUUUGGGUCUCCCAUCCCCACACUCCGAUGGUUUAAGAACGGGCAAGGGAGCAACCUGGAUGGGGGUAACUACCAUGUCUACGAGAACGGCAGCCUGGAAAUCAAGAUGAUCCGCAAAGAGGACCAAGGCAUCUACACCUGCGUCGCCACCAACAUCCUGGGCAAAGCCGAAAACCAGGUCCGCCUGGAGGUCAAAGACCCCACGAGGAUCUACCGGAUGCCCGAGGACCAGGUUGCCAAAAGGGGCACCACGGUGCAGCUGGAGUGCCGGGUGAAGCACGACCCCUCCCUGAAGCUCACGGUCUCCUGGCUGAAGGAUGACGAGCCCCUCUACAUCGGAAACAGGAUGAAGAAGGAAGAUGACUCCCUGACCAUCUUCGGGGUGGCUGAGCGCGACCAGGGGAGUUACACAUGUGUUGCCAGCACGGAGCUGGACCAAGACCUGGCCAAGGCCCACCUCACUGUGCUAGCUGAUCAGGCCACUCCAACUAACCGUUUGGCUGCCCUGCCCAAAGGACGGCCGGACCGACCGCGGGACCUGGAGCUCACCGACCUGGCCGAGAGGAGCGUGAGGCUGACCUGGAUCCCAGGGGACGAUAACAACAGCCCCAUCACAGACUACGUCGUCCAGUUCGAAGAGGACCAGUUCCAGCCAGGGGUCUGGCAUGACCAUUCCAAGUUCCCAGGCAGCGUCAACUCUGCCGUCCUCCAACUGUCCCCAUAUGUCAACUACCAGUUCCGGGUCAUUGCCAUCAAUGAGGUGGGCAGCAGCCACCCCAGCCUGCCCUCCGAGCGCUACCGAACCAGCGGGGCGCCCCCUGAGUCCAACCCGACCGACGUGAAGGGAGAAGGGACCAGAAAGAACAACAUGGAGAUCACGUGGACGCCCAUGAACGCCACCUCUGCCUUUGGCCCCAACCUGCGAUACAUCGUCAAGUGGCGGCGGAGGGAAACUCGAGAGACGUGGAACAACGUCACCGUGUGGGGCUCCCGCUACGUGGUGGGACAGACACCUGUGUACGUCCCCUAUGAGAUCCGGGUCCAGGCUGAAAAUGACUUUGGGAAGGGCCCUGAGCCAGACACUGUCAUCGGCUACUCCGGGGAAGAUUAUCCCAGGGCUGCGCCCACUGAUGUUAAAAUCCGAGUCCUGAACAGCACAGCCAUCAGCCUUCAGUGGAACCGCGUCUACCCCGACACGGUGCAGGGCCAGCUCAGAGAGUACCGAGCCUACUUCUGGAGGGAGAGCAGCUUGCUGAAGAACCUGUGGGUGUCUCAGAAGAGGCAACAAGCCAGCUUCCCCGGGGACCGCCUCCGUGGCGUGGUGUCCCGCCUCUUCCCCUACAGUAACUACAAGCUGGAGAUGGUUGUGGUCAAUGGGAGAGGCGAUGGGCCUCGCAGUGAAACCAAGGAGUUCACCACCCCGGAAGGAGUACCCAGUGCCCCCAGGCGUUUCCGAGUCCGGCAGCCCAACCUGGAGACAAUCAACCUGGAAUGGGAUCAUCCAGAACACCCCAAUGGGAUCCUGACCGGAUACAUUCUCAAAUACGUGCCCUUUAAUGGAACCAAAUUAGGAAAGCAGAUAGUGGAAAACUUCUCUCCCAAUCAGACCAAAUUCACGAUGCAAAGAGCAGACCCGGUGUCACGCUACCGCUUCACGCUCAGUGCCAGGACGCAGGUGGGCUCUGGGGAAGCAGUCACAGAGGAGUCACCAGCACCCCCGAAUGAAGCCACUCCAACCGCAGCUCCUCCCACGUUGCCCCCGACUCCGGUGGGUGCGACGGGCACUGUGAGCAGUACUGACGCUACUGCCACCGCUGCCACCACCGAAGCCACAACAGUCCCCACCAUCCCAAGUGUCGCACCUACCACCAUCGCCACCACCACCGUCGCCACAACUACAACCACUGCCGCCACCACCACCACCACCACGGAGAGGCCUCCCACCACCACCUCCGGGACUAAGAUCCCCGAAUCCGCCCCCGACAGGCAGUCCAUAUGGAACGUCACGGUGCUCCCCAACAGUAAAUGGGCCAACAUCACCUGGAAGCACAAUUUCGGGCCCGGAACUGACUUUGUGGUUGAGUACAUCGACAGCAACCAUACGAAAAAAACUGUCCCUGUUAAGGCCCAGGCCCAGCCUAUACAGCUGACAGACCUCUAUCCCGGGAUGACAUACACGUUGCGCGUUUAUUCCCGGGACAACGAGGGCAUCAGCAGUACCGUCAUCACCUUUAUGACCAGUACAGCUUACACCAACAACCAGGCAGACAUCGCCACCCAGGGCUGGUUCAUCGGGCUCAUGUGUGCCAUCGCCCUCCUGGUGCUGAUCCUGCUCAUCGUCUGUUUCAUCAAGAGGAGUCGAGGUGGCAAGUACCCAGUGCGAGAAAAGAAGGAUGUUCCCCUUGGCCCUGAAGACCCCAAGGAAGAGGAUGGCUCCUUUGACUACAGUGAUGAGGACAACAAGCCCUUGCAGGGCAGCCAGACGUCCCUGGAUGGCACCAUCAAGCAACAGGAGAGUGACGACAGCCUGGUGGACUAUGGCGAGGGUGGCGAGGGGCAGUUCAAUGAAGACGGCUCCUUCAUCGGCCAGUACACGGUCAAAAAGGACAAGGAGGAGACGGAGGGCAAUGAAAGCUCAGAGGCCACGUCGCCUGUCAACGCCAUCUAUUCUCUGGCCUAAGGGAGCCCCUCCGCCCGGGCACAGCCACUACUUUGCAAGUGGGAGGAGGGAAGAGGGGGAGAUGAAGCCACUGCAGACCUACCACACAGCCACCACCACCUUCAGGGACAAGGGUACAACAUGGAGGUCUGCCAAGCUGUGAGGACCGGAGACCACCCAGCCAACCACAAGCCCCCUCCCGAUGACCACCCCCCCCACCCCGGCACUCCUGAGGUGCCGCCAUGUGGGAGAGCUACAGUCCUGGCAAAGCUCAGCUGGAGGACCCCAGUCCUUUGCUCAGCCUCACAGCCACCUUGAGCCUUCCACCCCCCCACUGCCUGCCCUUGACCUUGGCAUACACACUCACCAGUUUCUGUUGGUGAUGGCCCUUUGUGUUGUCUUUAUUUUGCUUUGCAUCUUUUCCUCCAGACCCAGCGUCUCCACUUUCUUUUCCUGUUGAAGAAAUGUCCCUGGACGAAGAAAGAAUAGAUGAAUUCUCCCCCAGAUAGGCAGAGGAUCGACCUGUAAGAGAACGUACAGAGAAGCUGUAGUAUUCCAACAACCACUGGGCCAACGUAUUUCCGAAGGAUGCCUUUCUCGCCAUAUGCCUCCCCUUGCCCCCAGCCUGUUCGCCUUGGCCUUGUCAGUUGCUGAGCUGGGCUUGGCACCUUUCUGGAAAAUGACAGUAUUUUUGGCAGGGAGAGAGGGGGCAGGCCGCCUCGCCUUGCUCCGGCUCCACUGGGAGGUGGGCUUACCUCUUGCUCCUCGCUCCUGCCCUGCCCCUUCCUCCAGAGUGUCCAAGACAAGAGCUGCACUGACUCUGAAGAAGGAGUUUGAGGACUAGGAGUGGACGCUGAUGGGAAGGACUUCAACUCCAGUGACCGUGUACCUCAAGCAGAAGAAAAUUGGACAUCUGGUCCCUGGGGAGCUGUGCUCACCUCAAGAGAGAAGACAAGGGCUGGGUUUCAACUUCCUCCCCAUCAGUGAAACCCAGGAUGUGGGAGGGAGGGCCAGGCCCACCGCGUGGAGAGCAGAGGGUGCCUCCCCACCUGGUCGGAGAUCUGCACUGCUGUCCUCACAGAGAUGGGACCGUGUGACGUGAAAGCUUUGCCGGUGUGUUUGGGGGUGGAAGGUGCCGUCCCCCACUUUCGUCUCUGGCAGAUAGCAUCUCCUCGCUCAAUUCUGUAUGAUGCUGAAACUGAUGUUUUACAGUGUGUGGAUGGGGCCCUGCUGCCCCCCUGACGGAACCAGUGUGUCCUUUCCUUGGGGUAUUUACAUAUCAGAGCACCCGCGGGAGCACCGCGCUGACAGUUCUGUUAGAGCCUGGCCUGGGGACUCCGCGCCCUUCAUAUGCCUUAUGCAGCUCUGAUCCGGCCCUGCGGUUCCCCCGUUCCCAGCCCCUCCCCGCAAGCCUUGAAGCCUCCAGCAACGUCUGUCUCAAGGAGACCUGGGCGGCCUAUGCAAGCAUCACAGCAGAACCGGAAGCAGCCACUCGACACACGCCCCGUCGCCCCAGAUGGAGACCCUUGCAGACCGCAGUUCUCAGAGACCGAAGGCCCUGCCUUCGUCCUCCCCACCUAAUCCGUUUUUGAAACCAAAGGUACCUAGCCUCAGAGAGAGAUCUUGAGCCUAAGAGCAGCCCAGUAGCUGUCACUGCAGCUAGAGUCGGUUUGGGGAGGUUGAAGCUGACCGCUAGGAACGGACCACCAGCCUCUGAUUGGAGCCUCCGGCUGCUGGCCGAGGGGAGCCUGGGCAGCAACGGGGCUGUGUCCUUCAGAGAAUUUAUUAAACCAUCGUUUGCCACACGUUCAAGCCACAAAGGUAUUAGCAAUGCUUGCAUCACUUCAUAAGCAGUCAGUUGAGGGUCAAGCCUAUAGACACACAUCCUCUGUUUGCAGGUAAGAAAUCAUAGCCCAGAGCUGAGCCAAGUAUGUUAUUUGAACCUGAGAACAAGUAACUGUCCUUUGGCCCAAGCCGUGGCCAGGCUUGCAGCCUAGGAGCCCAAGGGGCAGCUCUCUCAUGGUGAAAGGGGACAGGGUGAAUAAUGGGGGGCUAGAAGUGAGCUCAGGGGUCCCCUCCCCUGGCUCCCUGGACACCUGCCUGGGGACAGUGUGGAAGAGUGCCUGUGAACUGAAUUCAAAGACCAGCCUUUCCAGAAAACACUCUGGAUCUGAGCAGAGUAGUCAGUUUCUCAGGCCCUCAUCCCCAGUGACCCCACACACACCAGUGAACCUGCUGCAUGGGAAACAGGCUCAUAGGACCGUGAGAUGUCAUGGGACCCAUCCCCUGCCACACAGCCAGUAACCGCAGAAGGGCUUCUGCCACCACGGGAUCUCGGGGAGAGGUGACUCCUCAGCCUGUCUGCUCCUCCCUGGUGUCCUGCCAGCUCUGAGCCAUCCCCCUCCACGCAGGAAGCGCAUGCUGGGAAUACCGAACGCUGCCCAUACCUCCGCCUGUCACAGCCCUUCUGGCAGGCGAGGGCCACCCUGCGCCUGGAGAACCAGUUCUCCCCGAGCAGAGAUGCUGAGGUGUGUGGAUUGCAGGGUUAGCGAGCAGCCUUGUGGGAAGAGGAGGGUCCAUUUUCCAUAGAGCCCAAGGCAGAGCCCACCCCGCUCAGCUGGAAAGCAGUAUUGGCCCAGCACCCCCUGCCAGCCUGGGCUCACCAUGAUGCAGGCGAUAUGAUGGUGCUUCUGAAUGCCUGGCUACUGUGGGGGGUGGGGGCAGGGGACAUGUGGUCAUCUUGCAGUGACUCUAGACGUCCCACUGCCCGAGCCGCAGUCCCACCUGCUGUGCUCGGCCACAAGAGCUGUGGCUUCCUGUGCUCUUGCUUGUCUGGUCACGGGCUCCGGAGAUAGUCUUGAACAUCCAGUGUGAGCUGGGCUCUGAGCCAUGGAGAGGAUACCUCGGUGCAUAGUCAGGUGCAGCUCGCACCCUCCCAGGGCUGACAGUCCACAGUGGGCAUUUGAUCCAGAGCCUAGUGAGUACUUAAGCCACUAACAGCUCCAGGCUCAAAGGCAGAAGCUUCGGAGAGAGCACAGGGUCCUCAAGGCCACAGAGACCACAGGGUAGGAUUCAGGGCCAGACCUGCUUCCUGAGCCUCUUUGAUCUGCCCCUUGGAGGCACGUUGCUUAACUUGUCUGUGUUUUGGUGCCUCCAUCUCGCUUAUUUAGUCCCUCCUUUAAGCGGGGCAAGGAUCCACCUGAGGGAGCAGGAAGGCCAGUGUCUGUGGACUGCAUCACUGCAGAGGCGGGGGAGGGGCACCCCCCAUCUAGCUUGGGUUUUGGUGAAUGGGACCCACCUUUCCUUACCUUGCUUUUGAGGAGAUGGUUAAGAUGAGCUUAAGGGAAAACCAGACUGGCUCUUUCCCUUCCCAUUGUCUUUGCCCUGGGAAGUUGGAGGCAUCUGGUCCACCCUGCUCCUGGCAAGUCCCAAUGUCUGGAGAAGCAUCCACCUGUCCAAGAAGCAGCUGGUGCCAACACUGUUCACCCCGAAAGGGGCAUCUGUGCCCUGGGCCAGAUACGGCUUUCAUAGUUUCCCUGAACACAGCCUGAGGAAAGGGCCGCAAACAGAUCUGAGGAUUUUUGUGGGUUUUCCAGCUAAGGGGCUGCCUCCCCUGCCCACGUCCAGCAGCCACACCGGGGCACACCCAUGCAGGCGCUUUCAGAGGGAACACUGUGGAUUAUGGCUUUGCCUCGGGAUGAGUUCACACCCCAGCUGGCUUGAGACCAGCUGUGAAGAGCUGUGUGGGAUACAUGUGCCACCCAGGGCAGGGGGAGAGAGGCUGCACAUGCCGGACCCCAUUUGGGUGAUUCCUGCAGGCAGAAUUGAGAAGGGGUGUGAUCCGAAGGAGAGGGACCCUUCCCCAGAAAUAGUAUGGACAGCGGCUCUUUAAGGCUCCUGGAGCCCUUUGCAGAACCAGAUCCAAGCCACAAAAGAGCCCACGGACAGAAGGACGCAGUGGAACAUUUUGCCUCAGUUUUUGCACGGCUGCUUCACUAACAGGAAAGAGGUGGGGGCUCCCAGGCCCCUGUCAGCAGGGCCAGAGAAUCACUUCUCAGCAGGAGGGCAGCAGGCUCCCUGGAGGUGGGCACAGAGCAUGCUCCCCAUUCUUGACACCUUGUGCUCACCACUUCUGCAGCCUCUGCCAGACACACCGGCUCUGCUAGUAAGAAAUCACCCGGUGGAUCCUCGUGGCUUAGGAGUGGCAUGUAGGAGGUCCCGGAUUAAAAAAAAAAAAAUCAGAGGAGUCGAAUGAAUGAAAAAAACCUUGAAAUGUCAGGAGUAGACAGUGCCUGAGGCAAAGCCCACCUCCUGGACAGCCCCAUCCUUUAAACCAGGCAGGGUCCACCCCAUGGGAGUUCAGACCCCCCUUCUGACUGUCGCUGACUCACCCAGUCCAAGCCAGCACACUUCCUUGUCCCCCUUGUUGAGAACAGCCUUCCUGGGACAAGUUCAGAGAAGGAUCAGAGGGAAAGGACAGCCGUGCAGGGAAGCCACAAGACCCCACCAGACAGUGUCUCAAGCCACACCCCAAAUCAAUGCACCUCUAUCAAUAUACUAGUAUUAAAUAGAAGUUCUGGACUGAUGAGGGUGGAAAGGAAGUAGGCACCAAGGUGUGUAGCUUUGGCAGCUUCAGCUUUCAGCAUGCAGAGGAAUCACAGAGCUGAUCUCAUGGGAAGGACUCACUGUCCAGGCAAGGACACUAAAAUCCAGGGACAGGAAGGCACUGGCCCAAGGUCACAUGGCUAGGGUGAGGGUAGGGCUUGAACUCAGGCCUUCUGACUCCUUGUCCAAGGUUCCUUCAUCUCACCGCAGCUGCCUCCUUGGAAAUCGAGGGUGUAAUUUAACAUCUGUUCUGCUGGCUUGCCCUCUGUACCUCUUAUCACUUCUCCUGCAUUGCCCGAACACCUCCCAAAGUGGAAGACACAAAGGAUUUUUUGAAGGCCAAGAUCAGUCAGUCUGUGGCAGCCUGGGGUGAAGCCAGCUGUGCCGUGAAGGGCAGACCCAGGCCAGGAGAGAGCGAGCGGCGAGCUGACUGGUAUUUGUCACUGUGAAGUCCAGACCGUACUCUAGAGUGGUAUCUCUUGUUUCAGGACACUUGGGGUCCCCAGCAUCUUGUGUCCCUUGGGCACUCUGUCCGCUCAGCCCUCGGCCACUGGGUCCUGAGGGGCGACAGAGCCACAGAGGCGCUGCCACCCAGGAUUUGCUGGGCGGGAGUUCAGCACACAUAAAGACUUCAGUGAAGCAAUAAACACAAAAAUCUGGGCGAAGAAAUCCAGAAUUUUGUGCCCUACUCUGUUUCUUUUUAAAAAGGAUGCCGAUUGGAUGGCCCUGCCCCUGUUCUUUUGUUCGGAUUGCCCAAUUCGAUGUCCUCAGUCAGUGUUGUCCCUCUGCCCAGCCCCCAGCUCUUUGCCAAUUCACACUCCUCCUGAGCUGAGUAUCAGUCGCCUGUGACGUGGCCGCCUUCUGUCCUGGUCCCACCCCCAACCCGCACUGAACCCAGAGGACCUUUUGCCGUGCCCCCCCCACCCCCACUCCCCCUCCCCACCCCCCACCCCCUGUCCACACCGCCUCCCACAACCGGUCCGGUCCUUCCUUCCGGCGGGCAUAUAUUUUUCCCAACAUCUCCAUGCCCUCCCACGUACCCGCCCACCUACAAAUCAGUCUGAUCUUUUUUUCCAUUGGUUAAAUAUUUAACUCUCCGUGGCAGACCUUGUUUUAACCCCUCUCACAUCACGUUCUUUCCUUUUUGCAAGUUAUUUUGCAUUAACCAACACUGUCAGCGACAGAUGCGCAUCUGAGGGUGUCACGCACGACCUUCAGCAGGGAAGGCUUCCGGGCCGUGGAGGACCAUCUAAUACGUGGACUUAUAAACUGACUGCAUGAGCAAUGAAAAGGCCAAAUUAUUCAGAAUUUUUUUUGAAUCACUGUAAAAAAAAACUGAUUUCUUUUGUAUAGAGAA